AUGAGAUUAUCAACACCAGUUUUGAUUAAUCUCACUUUAUUAAUAACAAUUAUAUAUGUAUCAUUAGCUAUACAACUACCAAAACAGAGCACAACUCAUGUAGAAUGGGAUUCAAAUGAUCCCGAUCUUAAAAGAAAUAUCUCUCAAUUAAUUGUUGCGAGAGGAUAUCCAGAAGAAGAUCAUCAUGUUGUAACACCAGAUGGUUUCAUUAGAAUUCCAGCCGGAAGAUACAAAGCCAAUCCAAAUCCAUACGGUGCAAAUGGUAAAGCUGCAAUUGUCUUGCAACAUGGUGUUGAAGAUAUUGGAACAAGUUGGGUAAUUCAAGAGAAUGUCUAUCAGAGUUUCGGAUUUAUCCUCGCAGAUGCUGGAUUCGAUGUCUGGAUUUCCAAUGUCAGAGGUACCACUUACAGUAACUCAAGUAUCAAUACCAACCCAUCAGAGAAAGCAUUUUGGGCAUGGAGUUUCGAUCAAAUGGCAGAAUACGAUUUACCAACGAUUCUCGAUUAUGUGAGAGGCGUCACCAACAAUGAACAGGUUGGAUAUGUCGGACACUCUCAAGGAACUACCAUGGGAUUCAUUGGAUUUGCAAAUGAGACUAUUGCUGCCAAGAUCAAUCUCUUUGUUGCUUUGGCACCGGUUGUCAGAGUGACUCACUGCCAGAGUGCAUUGUUGGACGUCUUGGCAGACUUUGAUAUUGUCGACAUCCUCGAGUUGCUCGGGGAGAAGGCAUUCCUCCCGGAUACACCAACUCUUCAACAUCUGCUUCCAAUCAUCUGUGGAAACGAUCCAUCGCUCUGCUCCAACUCGUUGGCUCUGAUCAUGGGAUGGGACACCAGUAACAUCAACAACACACGUCUUCCAGUGAUUAUGGCACACGAACCUGGCGGAACUUCCGUUCAGAACGUAGCUCACUGGGCACAGGCCAAGAAGCACGGAUACUACAAAUUCAAUUACGGUCCCAUCGGUAACCUGCAACACUAUGGUCAGCUCACAGCACCCGCUUACAACAUCUCAGAGUUUAGAGCACCCGUUAUCUUUUACUAUGGUGGCAACGACUAUCUUGCCGAUCCAACCGAUGUCGAAUGGCUCAUUCCACAAGUGCCAUCUCUGCUCUACAAGAAAUUCCUCCCGACCUACUCGCAUCUCGAUUUCGUCUGGGGAGAGAAUGCCUAUCAAGAUAUCUAUGAUGAAGCAGCACAAUGGCUUUUAAAGUAUGCUACCUAUCCAAAUUCAAAAUAG